AGGGCUCAGCCGUCUGCCAGGAAUUGGGGAAGGAGGGAAAAGAGCUGCGCGGAGGCAGCGCUACCCUCGCUCGCACUGAGCCUUGUGAGCCGGGCCGCUAGGUACCCGUGACGAAGGGGCCCCGAGAACCCCCAGCUGCGAGAUGCUCCACGCCCUGGGCAGCUGGAGGAGCAACUGUGCGUGCGCUGCGGAGGGCCGCCGAAUCAUGUCGAUGAGCCCAAAGCAUACGACUCCUUUCUCAGUGUCUGACAUCUUGAGUCCUUUGGAGGAAAGCUACAAGAAAGUGGGCAUGGAGGGCAGUAACUUGGGGGCUCCCUUGUCAGCCUACAGACAGUCUCAGGUUUCUCAGCCGGCCAUGCAGCAGCACCCCAUGGGCCACAACGGAACAGUGACUGCCGCCUACCAUAUGACAGCGCCAGGGGUCCCCCAGCUCUCUCAUGCUACGAUGGGGGGCUAUUGCAAUGGGAACCUGGGCAACAUGAGCGAGCUGCCGCCUUACCAGGACACCAUGAGGAACAGUGCUUCGGCAGCAGGAUGGUACGGCACCAACCCGGACCCUCGCUUCUCCUCAAUCUCCCGCUUCAUGGCGCCGUCCUCGGGCAUGAACAUGGGCGGCAUGGGCAGCCUCGGGUCCCUGGGAGACGUGAGCAAGAGCAUGGCCCCGCUCCAGAGCACGCCGCGAAGGAAACGGAGGGUCCUUUUUUCCCAGGCCCAGGUCUACGAGCUGGAGAGACGUUUCAAGCAGCAAAAAUACCUCUCCGCCCCGGAGAGGGAACAUUUAGCCAGCAUGAUACAUCUCACCCCGACUCAGGUCAAAAUCUGGUUCCAGAACCACCGCUACAAGAUGAAACGCCAGGCCAAAGACAAGGCUGCACAGCAGCAGAUGCAACAGGAGAACGGCUCCUGCCAGCAGCAGCAGUCUCCCAGAAGGGUGGCGGUGCCAGUGCUUGUGAAGGAUGGCAAGCCCUGCCAAGCAGGCUCCAACACACCCACAGCAGCUAUCCAGAGCCAUCAGCAGCAGGCAGCUACAACGAUCACAGUGGCUACCAAUGGCAACAGCCUCGGACAGCAUCAGAGCCACCAGACAAACAGUGCGGGGCAGUCUCCAGACAUGGGACAGCACUCGGCCAGUCCGUCCUCUCUGCAAAGCCAAGUCUCCAGUUUGUCUCACCUAAACUCUUCUACUUCUGACUAUGGCACUGCCAUGUCUUGCUCCACCUUGCUAUACGGUAGGACCUGGUGAAAGGAUUAAACAAAGAAAAAAAAAAAAAGGCAAAAAGGAAAAAAAAAACACCAGAUUUUCCCAGUUACACAAAUCUCUGUCCUCACAAAAUUAUUGUGUGUUUUUAUCUUUCUUUUUUUUUUUUUAAUUGCUUUUUCCCCCCUCCCCUCCUUUUACUGAAUGGUUCUCUGCGGACCUCUAAGAGAGAGACUUUUUUUGUUCGGUUUUGUUGUUACUCUUGAUGGGUUUGGGUCUUUAUUUUUUUUCCCCCAAAGUUGUUGUAUGGGGUGUUCAAAAAUAUUCUGACUAAUAACCGUGGAGCAGUCUGCAGAAAGGGGACCAUCAUUAAGCAUGGUCCAAAGGCUUGGAUUUCAGAUGUACACUUUGCCAGCGUCUAGGACUUGCAUGUAAAUACAGAGAUUUUGGGGGAUGAGGUGGCUUUCCCCCCCAGAAAAACGCAUUCGCGUCACCCAGACACAGGAAGCAGCUUUCCCCUCCCCGGUCUCUCCCAGCCCAUCUCCAGGGCCAGCGGAGGAGACGUGGAGUCAUCAAAGGCUUGGCUUUUAUUUUCCUCCUUACGUUUGAUGUGAACCUGUAGCUGUAUAAUGCUGUCAAAAGUUGGACUAAACCCAUAGUUUUUAGUAGCCUGUAUAUUUUGUUGUAAAAAGAAAAGGAAAAAAAUACAAUCAACCAAACCAACCCACGUUUUUUAUGGACACUGAUCGCCCCGUCGUAAAUCCUCUGGCAGUUUGUUAUUUGCGCACGCCGCCUUUUCCUGUUGUAACUUAUGUAGAUAUUUGGCUUAAAUAUAGAUCCUAAGAAGCUUCUAAUAAAUUAUACACAUUACGAAUAUUCUUUUUUUAUUUCCCUUUGGUUACUCCUCCAAACCUUCUGUUCCUUGCUCUUUUUUUUUUCCUUGAUGGAAAAAACAAACCGAGAUGUUGCCAGACGCCGGAAGGCCCCUGCCCCUCCCAGGGCCAGGACCCUGUUCCAGAGGAGGAGCUGCGCCAGAGAGUUAACGGGAUACAGGAUCAGUCCUUCAGCGUGCAACGGGACAAGCAAACGCGUGGAAUUCACGAACUCGAAUGCGAAGGGACCGAGUCCAAAUUCAUUAGCCCGAUUAUUGAGGGGAGGGCGGUAUGAGGGGGGCGGGGGGCACCUCAGCGACUUCUUGCUAAAGAAAGCAAAGUAUUCCCAGGGCUAGAAAUUCAAAUGUCAAAGGCACAGAGGAGAAAGAAGGCAAAAGUCUAACGCCACUAGAAAAAAAAUGACGAAGAACCUGCUGUCAGUAUAGAAUAUGGGGCUGAUUUAAAGAGCGUCCAGUUUUAAUACCUUGUAAAAAAAAUAAUUUCUACCAGGUUUUCCUAUGUACUUGUAUUUUAAGGGAAGUACAGUCACCUUAUUUAUAAUCAAAAUAAUAAAUAGUUUAUUGUGUA